UCUUAUACUAGGGUGUCGGAGAAAUGGAACCGAACAAAAAAGAGGGGAAAUUGGUUACAUCAUUAUUGAGAAGCGGACAAGCAGGCGCAAGUAACGACUUGCCGGUCUGAUUUACUUAUUCGUCGCAUGGCAUCGAUGAGGUGAUGUGGGGGCGCCUGCAAGGUAACCACCAACCGCCACUUAUCCCAUAUGUCAUUGGAUUGAAGUCGACUUGCACCGGAAAGAAAGUGACACGGCAGAUGAUGUGCAAGCGGGGAAAAGCUUGGUCUGGGCAGCGAACCUCCGGGGUAUUAUCGGGGCCAAAGAGCUACAGAGUAUUUUCAUUGACUUUAAGGGGCUUCGGGGUGUUACAUGCCUGUGGUCCUGGGAUGACUUGCACGACUCCCUCAGACUAGCAGUACAUGUUUCAAAUGGUCCAAGAUGGAAAUCAGGCCCAAGACCGGCAUCAAAGUGAUCAUCGUAGGCGCCGGCUUCGGCGGCCUGACGGCGGCGAUCGAAUGCAAGCGGCACGGCCACGAUGUUGAGAUGUACGAGAGCUUCGGCGAGCUCAAAUCGCUGGGCGACAUCAUCUCCUUUGGCCAAAACGCCGGUCGCAUAUUCCACCGCUGGACGCUGCCCUCGGAGCCGUCGCAGCCCGGUCGCAUCGCGCAGCGGAUGCGCGAGCUCAGCAUCAACCUGCAAAACUACGGCUUCCGCAUCCACAAGUGGGACACGGGCGAGGUGGUGCUGCACCAGACGUCGCCGCCCCUCGUGCCCGACGCGCCCGUAUUCAAUGGGCACCGGGGCGAACUGCACCAGGUGGUGUUUGACUAUGCGAGGGAUGAGCUGGGCAUCCCUAUCCACCUCGGGCAUAAUGUAGAACAGUAUUUUGAGCAAGACGACAAGGCUGGGAUCGUGCUCAAGAGUGGGGAGAAGGUAUAUGGCGACGUUGUCGUAGGUGCGGAUGGCGUUAGGUCCAAGGCCAGAGAGCUCGUUCUAGGUUACGUUGAUAAGCCAAAGAGCAGUGGCUAUGCCGUGUGGCGUGCAUGGUUCCCAACCACUGAGCUUCUCAAAGACCCCCUAACGCGCGAGUUUUGCGAAAACGGCGACACAUUCAACGGCUGGAUCGGGCCCGACGUGCACUUCCUGACGUCGACCAUCAAGAACGGCGCCAACUGCUCCUGGGUGCUCACCCACAAGGACGACCAUGACAUUGACGAGUCGUGGUCGUUCCCCGGCAACCUGGACGAGGUCAAGGCGCUCCUGGGCGACUGGGACCCCGUAUGCACGGCCAUCGUGGACAAGACGCCGAGCGUGGUGGACUGGAAGCUCGUGUACCGUGACCCGCUGCCGCGCUGGGUGAGCGACGCGGGUCGCAUCGUGCUGCUGGGCGACUCGGCGCACCCAUUCCUGCCCACGAGCGCGCAGGGUGCCACGCAGGCCAUGGAGGACGGCGUCACGCUGGCCGUGUGCCUGCGGAGGGCGGGCAAGGGCGACAUCCCCGCGGCGUUGUGGACGCACCAGGACAUUCGGUACGAGCGCGUCAAGGCGGUGCAGAAGACGGGCGAGACGACCAGGGACAUGUGGCACAAGACGGACUGGGAAAAGGUCAAGCGGGACCCCAAGAGCAUCGCGUUUCCGCGGGAGGACUGGGUGCACAAGCAUGACGCGGAGAAGCAUGCUGAAGAUGUCUUUGGUGAGGUUUUUGCCAAGAGGAAAGAGACGGGGAGUGGAUAAUGGCUGGUUUUACAUACACUGUAUAUAGGACCCGGAGAUCUUAUCAAACCUCGUCCACCUUGAUAAAGACAGCCUUUUGCUCCAAGAAAUGAUCUAUUAUGUACGGAAUCCCCCUGCGACCUUGUCCAGGAUGCUUGAAGCCACCAAAGUGCAAGUCCAAAUCGUUCGAGGUCGAGCUACAGUUUACUCCUACGGAUCCGCUCUCGAGCGCCUUGGCGACGCGCAUGGCCUUGGAGAUUUCGCGCGUGAAGACGGGGGCGUAGAGGCCAAACUCGGUAUCGUUGGCCUUUUGGAACGGCCUCGUGCUCCGUCUCAAACGUGUUGAUGCAGACGACGGGCCCAACGAUCUCCUCCUUAAUGACGCGCGCGUCCUCGGGCUGGUCGAGGAAGACGGUGGGCUGGACGAAGAAGCCGUCGGUGCCCUCGAUGUGGCCGCCGCCCAGCGCCAGCUUGCCCGUCUUCUUGCCCUGCUCGAGGUUGACC